AUGUCACGAGCAGCUAAAAGAAAGCACGUCCUUAGAGAGAUAGACGACUACUCCCCACCAACAAAGAACCAACAAAUAGUGAAAGUCGUUGCAAGCAAAGGGAAUAAUCUUCAUGAAGUGGAGACGGCUGAUAAAAGCAGGUUCCUGGUGUCGAUGCCGAUGAAAUUCAGGAAGUUUUUCUGGAUCAAACGAGGAAAUUUCAUAGUAAUAGAACCCAUCCAAGAAGGUGUUAAAGUGAAGGGUGAAAUGACUAGAAUUUUGACGAAUGAACAUAUCAAAUACUACAAGCAGGACAAUAUAUGGCCCGAUUUCGACAAUAAUAAAAAGCAAUCCGAAGGAAUUUUCGAUAAUGAUUUACCUAUGAAAGCCAAUAGUGUGCCGGCUAUGAUUGAAACGUACAGUGACAGUGACGAAUCUGAUAUUGAUUAUUCAAAUGACUCUGAUUGUGAUUAA